AUGCAAAAGCGACCGUGUACUCGUUGCCAGUUUAGCUUUUCUACCCACCGAUACCCAUGGAACAGGAAGCCCAUUCACAAAAAUGUGCCCCGAACAGUUUCAUUAGUUGCACAUCACUUGAAUGCUGAUCAUCCCAAUGGUGUUGAGCCUUCCACAUUUGUCACAAUCAGUGGGCACUCGGUUCAUUUGGAAUGUGUACCGAAUUCAGAAGGUCGACAGGAACCACCGUGUAUUCUUAAGUCAUCUGAGGUCGCCGUCUUCGACGAACGGAAACAUUCGUUGCGGGACGAGAAAGAAGCGAAUCAGAUGAGUGAUAAUUUGAAGGAACUCACAUUUGAAACCGGUGAAUUCGCUUAUCUGCCCUGUAGAACACUUGGAGCUGGAGAAGAAGAUACAACAAUAUGGGAAAAAGGUGACAACCCACUUUUUGCUUCGAAAACAAAAUUCUCCAAGGCGGAUCGAAUUCACCUGGUCACGACCGAGAAGAAUUUUAAUCAAAUUAAUACUUAUUCCUCAUUUCCUUCAAUUCGUGCCACGGCUAAUACAACAUAUCCACGUUCUUACGAGCAAAGGGUUCCCGAAACGGCCGAACAAUGGGAUCUAGUGAUUGACUUCCUACGACCCGCGGAUUCGGAUAUGUACACGUGUCGUCUUGUGGGGCGCACACAACAGCUGAUUCGGUAUCGGGUGCUGGUAAAAGUCAAAAUGACUGUGCCCCAGUUGGUCAAUUUGGGACAUUCAUUCAAUUUGACUUGUUCCGUCCAGUUGAGUCAGACCAAUUCAGCCUACAUUACAGUGGACUGGUUUCGACCGGAUCAUACUUUUGACGGACUGCAACAGUCCAUGAGCUUUUCUUCCGAUCGAACAGUCUCUCUCAGUCCCCUUCCUCGCCUUGCCAAAAAUCAAAAUAUGCCCAAUCAGGACAAUACUGCAGCGGUUAUUUCUUGGUUCGCCCAAUCCUUUGUGCAAAUAAUUAGUCAACCAAACUUUGGCACAAGCUUGUUCAAACAACUACGCAUUGAGAAAGAUUUCACGUACCAGAGUGAAGCGGUAUUCACCGUUCAGAAAGCGACACUAUUCGAGGAAGGGUUCUACGAAUGUCGAGCCUAUGAACCGGCCAAUUACGGUCAUGAACGCAUACUGGAUCGAGCUAUCACGGCCGUAAUCGUGAAUCGACCCUACCCGCAAAAGCCGGUCGGCAAUCGGAAGUGGUUUGAGAGAUUCGGUUAUCUCCUGGCCAGUCAUUGGAAUCUGCUCUCCGAGAACGAUCAACGACAACACGAUCAGCACGCCCAAAAUGAUGGAGGCGUGAAAGUCAUAAACUGGUUAUAUCCGGCUCCUCGAUUAAAAUCAACUCAAGGUGUGUAUUACUUAUCUUAUCUGUUGCAACUCAGCCAUUAA